AUGGAAGUGGUCCUGGUUGUUCCCCUCGCCUUGUGUAAUGACUAUUGUCAUCCGGGUUACCACACACAAAUGAAGAAAGAGGGGCCAUUUUGCUGCUAUAAAUGUGUUCCAUGUCCAGAGGGCAAGAUUUCAAGGCAGAAGGAUAUGGCUCAUUGUUUGAAUUGUCCAGAAGAUCAAUAUCCUAAUAAAAUCAGAAUUGAAUGCCUUGCCAAGUCUCUCAACUUCCUGUCUUAUGAUGAACCUUUGGGCAUUGCUUUGGCUGUUUCAGCUCUCACUCUCUCGGCAACCACACUUUUGAUGCUUGGGAUCUUAAUAAAGCAUGGCGACACUCCCAUUGCCAAAGCCAACAACAGGAACCUUACCUACUCUCUACUCAUCUCCCUUCUGUUCUGCCUCCUCUGCUCAUUUCUAUUCAUUGGCCGACCACAGAUAGUGACUUGCCAUCUGCGACAAACAGCUUUUGGUAUCACCUUCUCAUUAGCGAUUUCUUGUAUCCUGGCCAAAACCAUCACAGUGAUUCUGGCUUUCAUGGCCACUAAGCCAGGAUCCAAAAUGAGAAAAUGGAUGGGGAAAAGAUUUACAAAUUCGGUUGUUAUCUGUUGUUCAUUAAUUCAAGCAAGUAUUUGCAUAGUACAGCUCUGUGCCUAUCCUCCAUUUCCACAUUUGGACAUGCAUUCUGUACCUGAAGAAAUUGUGAUGCAGUGCUAUGAAACCAAUAUACUUUACUAUAUUUUGGGUUACAUGGGACUUUUGGCUCUUGUCAGCUUCAUCAUGGCUUUCUUUGCUCGGAAGUUGCCAGACACUUUUAAUGAAGCCAAAUUUAUCACUUUCAGCAUGUUGGUUUUUUGCAGUGUUUGGGUUUCAUUUGUUCCUACCUAUUUAAGUACCAAAGGCAAAUAUAUGGUGGCUGUGGAGAUCUUCUCCAUAUUAGCCUCUAGCUCCGGAUUACUAGUUUGUAUCUUUUCCCCAAAAAUAUAUAUCAUUAUUUUGAGGCCAGAACUGAAUAGUAAAGAGCUGCUUAUAAGACAUAAAAAGCAAAAAUGUAGCCCCACACUUUUUUAG